AAAUCUUUGCUCUGAAUGUACUCUGCAGUGAAAAAGUCUUGUUUUGAUCUAAAAACCCUGGAGAUGUACAGGCUGCUGGGUGUGGACAGGGUGGUGAUCUACAACACCAGCUGUGGUCCAGAGCUCCACCGCCUGCUGCAGAGAUACACACAGGAGGGCUUUGUGGAGAUGGUUUCCUGGCCCAUUGACCAGCACCUAAAUCCAUCUCGCCGUUGGCUCUUCUCAAAGCACGGAGGGGACGUGCACUAUUUUGGCCAGCUGACCACGCUUAAUGACUGCAUUUACAGAUCCAUGGACCGAUCACGCUACAUCCUGUUGCACGACAUAGAUGAGAUAAUAAUGCCAUACCAACACAAUGACCUGAUGAGCCUGAUGAACAUGCUCCAACAGCAGCAUCCAGAUGCCGGGGUGUUCCUCAUAGAGAACCAUUUCUUUCCCAAAAAUCCAUUUGAGAAAAGUGCAAACAGGACGAUGCCUCAAUGGAGAGGGGUGCCAGGGUUUAAUAUUCUAGAACACAUCUACAGGAAGGAGCCUGACAGAACCAUAAACCACCCCUACAAGAUGAUAGUGAAGCCAAGGGCAGUGGAGCAGACCUCAGUACAUGAAGUCCUUAAGAUGUUUGGUCAAAAGUUCAAGGUUCCACCGGACAUCUGUUGCAUCAUUCACAGCCAAUUCGGUAACGUGGUUCAACAGCCACUGGAGCAGCUGCAUGUGGACACCCGACUGUGGGACUUCAAAGACAGAAUGUUGCCCAAUGUGAUCACGGUGCUGAGGAGAGCGGGGCUGCUGAAAUCAGAGGAGUAGAGCUGAUGGAAGGGACUGACAAACACUCAGAUACACAGGCACAACAGUGCAGUGGUUAAUGUGUGCU